AUGUUGUUGAGAAAGGAUCCCGAGUCCGCAAAAUCCUUCCAUGAAGACAUGAUGAAGAUCACCAACCGUUUGCCUUCAGAGGAGGAAUAUCGACGUGUUCGUCAUCUCAUUCUGGAACAGGCUCAGGAAGAUGUAUCGGAUGAACAACUUGCUCAAGUCCUUGCCUUGUGCCCACACCUGGAAACAGUGGUUCUUACUGGCGUUGCAGAAACAACGGAUAGAACGAUAGUUGUUUUGGCAGAGAAGGCAAUUAAUCUUCUUGGCUUAAACUUAUCUGGCUGUACGCAGAUUACAGAUGUUGGGGUUCUGGAAAUCACCAAUAAAUCAUUGCCCCUCCAGUGGUUGCAGCUGAAUGGAGUAGUGGGACUCACAGACCCCUCGAUAUCUGCCAUUGCAAAAACAUGCUCACGUCUUAUAGAACUUGAAGUAUCCGACCUGCCCCUGUUGACUCCGUCUGCAGUUCGAGAUAUUUGGUCAUUUUCUAGAAAAUUGCGCACAUUUCGAUUGGCCAAUAACCCAUUGCUCACGGAUAAAGCGUUUCCCUCUCCAAUAAAUUCAGUGGCAUAUACUGAACUGGGACAAAAUGACGAGAAACCCUUACCACCUAGACCUAUAACGUGGCUGGAGCAAUUACCGCCUCUGAUCCUACGGCAUACUGCAGAAAACCUCCGCUUGCUGGAUGUUAGCUUUUGCAAAAUCACCGAUGAGGCAGUCGAGGGAAUUGUGUCGCAUGCCCCUAGGAUUCAGACUUUCAUCCUCUCAGGUUGUUCAUUACUCACCGAUAAGGCUCUAGAAAGUAUUUCGAAACUUCACGAUCAUCUCGAUGUUCUGAUGUUGGCGCACGUUUCUAACGUCACGGACCGUGCAGUGGUUAGACUUGCUCGUUCUUGCACCAACCUUAGGUGUGUAGACGUGGCAUACCUGUCUGUUUUUGAGUUAGCGGCCCUACCAAGUCUCCGCCGAUUGAGUCUCGUCCGUGUACAUAAACUCACAGACAUUGGAAUCUUCGCGCUUGCGGAACAAGCAACUGGUUUGGAGCGCCUUUAUUUAUCAUACUGUGAUCAUCUCUCUCUCGACGCUAUACAUCUGCUGUUGCGCAAGCUUGAACGUUUGCAACAUCUCACCGCCACAGGGAUACCCUCACUUAGUAGGAGAGGAGUACGUCGGUUUUCAGAACCCACGCCUGCUAAUUGCGAUCCGGAUCAACAAGUUGCCUUCUGCGUCUUCAAUGGGGAGAACGUCGUUCGCCUACGACGCUUUUUGGACAAGGAAGAUAAGCGUCGACGCGAAGCGGAAGCACGGAACGUACCUUUCAUCACCCGUUCGGACGAUAAGCUAGAUCUUUACUGA